AUGACCGAUAUGAAAUCAAAAUUUCCAGAUGACCUUGAAGCUCCGAGGCCUAUGGAAGAAUCACCUUCACAACUUGGGGAAAUUAUCAAAGACGAAAGUACUCCUCACGAUGCUGUUUUUGGCGAGCUCAGUGAAGAUGGUCCCAAUUAUCGUAAUCUCGGAUGGCUAGGAACGGUUGCUCUUAUGAUGAAAACACAAAUUGGCUUAGGUGUUCUUUCUAUCCCUUUCGUUUUCGAUACCCUUGGAAUGGUUCCAGGCGUUGUAUGCCUUUGCGUUGUAUCUCUUAUUGCAACCUGGACAAGCUAUAUGGUCGGUGUCUUCAAGUUAAGGCACCCGGAGGUCUAUGGAUUUGAAGAUGCCGGAGCCUUGAUGUUUGGCAGGAUUGGGAAAGAGAUUUUUGGAAUUGGUUUCUGUCUUUAUUGGGUCUUCGUCGCUGGAUCCGGAAUCCUCGGCAUUAGUAUCAGUCUGAACGCGGUCUCCGAUCAUGGUACAUGCACUGCUGUUUACGUCGCCGUUGCCGCCAUUAUCGGAUUCACCCUUGCCAGCAUUCGUACACUUGGAAAGAUCAGUUGGAUUGCUUGGCUAGGAUUGGCAUCUAUCUUGGGUGCAACUCUUCUUGUAACUGUCGCUGUCGGUAUUCAAGAACGACCAUCCUCAGCACCGCAAGAAGGCCCCUGGUUCUCGGACUUUCGCAUCAGCAACAGCCCGUCAUUCGCGAAGGGUGUAUCUGCUGUUUCUUCUCUGAUCUUUGCUUGCUCCGCGACCCCCGCCUAUUUCUCUCUUGCUGCCGAGAUGCGCGAUCCACGACUCUUCACUCGGUCGCUGGUUGUUGCCCAGAUCGGAUCGACUGUACUUUACCUCGUAAUUGGAAUUGUGGUGUACUACUACUGCGGUUCAUACGUUGCCUCGCCCGCUCUUGGAUCGGCGGGUUUACUCAUCAAGAGAGUCUCUUACGGAAUUGCUUUGCCUGGACUCAUUGCAUCCACGACCAUUGUUUUACAUCUUCCAAGCAAAUACGUAUUCGUUCGAAUUUUACGAGGAUCAGUUCAUCUUACCUCGAACAGCCUAAUCCACUGGUGUACCUGGCUUGGCUGUACUUUUGGGUCUACCGUUGUUGCCUAUAUAAUCGCAAGUGGUAUUCCCUUCUUCGAUAACCUCGUUUCCCUCAUUGGGGCUCUUCUGGGGGUUUUCCUGGCCUACCAACCUACCAGUUGCAUGUGGUAUUACGACAAUUGGUGCAAGCGCGAUUUCCGUAACUGGAAAUGGCUUCUACCGGCAGGUUGGACUCUUGCCAUCCUUGUAGUCGGAUGCUUCUUGACUGUCGCUGGUACAUAUGGAUCGGCAAUUGGUAUCGUUGAUUCCCUAAAAGGGGACGGUGGCACAAAGCCGUGGACUUGCGCUGAUAACUCUUAA